GCCGAAGAAGGCAACUGCUGGAUCUUCAACGACACGUCCGAGAAUGAGUUCAUCUGGGAAGGAUUCGCGUCCCAGACCAAGAUCAAGCGACUCACCCUCCACCUGCGCCCCGACGGCACCCUCAAGAACAUCCCGACGACGGGCCAUCCAGCACCUGCCGGAUCUCGAGAUGUUUGAGGUGCAGUACGCCACCUUCAAGACGGUGAACGCCUUCAGCUUCGGCAACUCGAGCUCGCUGUCCAAGAUCUCCCUGGCCAGGAACUCCAUCGGGGUCCUGGCUCGCAACUCCUUCGCCCACCUCCCGUCCCUCGACACGCUCUCCCUCGGCGAGAACUUCAUCACCGAGGUCAACCGCCACGUGUUCGUCGACCUGCCCAAGAUCACCAAGCUCUACAUGGACCGCAACAACAUCACCAUCGUGCACGACCGAGCUUUCCAGGGCCUGCACAACCUGGUCGAGCUGGAGCUCUUCUCGAACCAGAUCCAGGUGAUCACCCCCGACACUUUCAAGGGUCUGAGGGCCUUAGAGCGCCUUGACCUCCACAAGAACCGCAUCGAGGUCAUCGGCGACCUGACCUUCCAAGACCUCCAGGCCCUCCGCGUCUUGGACCUGCAGGAGAACUCCCUCAAGUACAUAGCGCCAAAGAGCUUCUUCGGUCUCGCCAACCUUCUGCAGCUCAACCUACAGGACAACAAGCUGCUCGCCGUGGGGCCCGAGGUGUUCAAGCCCACCGUCAACAUCUUCUACCUCGACCUCCGCGCCAACGUCCUCGAGACCAUCACCAAGGAGACCAUUCAACCCCUCAUGGACAACCUCAACAACGACACCACUUCCUUCUACCUCGAGGGCAACAACUUUCGCUGUGACACGCGCCUGAGCUGGAUGUUCCGCCUGCACAACACCACCAGAAGCCACAACGUCCGCACGAACCUCGAGUCCGUCAUCUGCUACUUGGAGGCCGGCACGCUCCCUCCCAGGCUCGACGACCAGACCGUCACGCCCGCUUAUGAGACCACCACGCUCGGCAUCGGCCCGAUGGUGAAGCUGUUCGCGCUGCGUGAGGCCGAGCUCCCGGACCCCAUGAUGCGCUGGCUGCAGACGGCGGAGCCCGACUGCGACGAGGAGACGCAGCAGAAGGAGAGCGAGGCCGAGGACGCCGACGACCCUCAGAAGAAGCGGGGCCGCGGACGCAAGAGCAAGAAGGUGCAGAAGGACAAGACGCAGAACUACAUGGCCACGAUGGCGGACGAGGAGCAGCCCGAAGACAGCGCCAAGGUGGUGAUCGACCCGCCCGCCCCCGUGCAGGAGGAGUCCCGCGCCUACGACUCCGGCGCCAGCUCCCCGCCCCCCGCGUUGGCCCCGCUGCUGGCACUCUACCUGGCACUCUUCUACGCACGUCCACACUGAGAUCUAUUGCGGAGGCUCUAGGUCUAGGUUUUUAAUGUCAAGUGAUAUUGGAAACAACUCUCUUGGGGGGAAGUUUUUCGCCCGCUGACGUCUAACAUAUUAAUGAUAUUUUUUUCUUUUCCUAUGAAUUUGACAGACAUGUUGCAUCGCAUUCUGACUUGUAUAAAAAAUAAUAAACAAACUCAUAACGCAGAAUGUUAGAAGAUAAAAAAAAAAUAAAGAAAAGAUCUGUGGAAUGCAACAGGAAUUCUCAUCAUGGACGUGCCAAAGUUUAUGUUGUUAAACAAAAGAAAGAAAAAAAACCCCAAGUUUAUGAUAACCCAUAAGAUGAAAGUGCUUCAGGAUUUUUUAAUUAUUAUUUUUGGUAUAAGUGUUGUCUCAAAACCUCCCUCAUGAGUUGCUGUGUCCUUUUGCCUUACUCCCUUAACCUCUCAACCUCAGCUAAAGUAAUGUUUGGUCUAUGAAACAAUACCUUUGCCAGUUCACCUGCUCUUUUGUACAUUGAUAGGAGAAAGUAUACAAUCAUUGUACAAAGGAAAAAUGCAAAAAAAAAAAGUAGAAUUAAUAGCUUUAGAUAAAGAAAAAAAAUAAAAUAAAACAGACUGUAAUCUUUAUAUUUCCAUUCGUGUUACGUAUUACCCAUGUAAUGUGUGUACAAAUGAGUUGCCUGGUAUGGCAGUUGAUUGAUUAUGCUCUACGUCUAUUUUCCUUUUCAAUCCUUCUGAUCCUGGUCUAAUUUUUUUCUUGAGUUUCCCCCGCCUCCACUCUGGGUUCUUGAUAGCCUUAACCCCUAUCCAUAAAGUGAUUUCCUGACCUUAGAUUAGUUUUAAAAUCUUUUCAUCUGCCUUCUGUAAUUAGCUACUGAUCAUCUUGCUCCACCUUUCUAUAUCUCAUGAGUAAAUCAACUGUCAAAAUAAUAAAAAUGUGUAAAUGAUGAUUGCAUAAGGGAGAGUACUACUGUACAUGCUUCACAAUUAUGUACAUAGCCUUGGGUGUGCUGACUGAACUAUAUUUUCUUACUGAGGUAUAACAAUCAGUAUACAGUACAUAUAGUUGCCACCUACCAAAACCCUGUGGAAAAUGUUUCUUUCUUUCUUUCUCAUUUCUAACACUGCUUUUUGAAGUUAGUUAUAAUACUGUUUUCUCGUUCAUGUGUAUUUUUGAUGCGUUUUAAUGUAUUUUGUUAUGAUUCAACAAAAGUAAUGAAAGAAUUGACACUAUAACCAUCGCCAUCGACUCUCAAAAACUUGAACAAAAAAAAGCUAUAAGGAUCCCAAAGCAUAUAACAAAAAAAAAAGAAAUAUGAAUAGUAAUUUCUUUUAUCAUGUGACAAAGUAAAGGCAUUAUAUUAAAUUUUACCUCUGCAUUGGAGAAGAAAAAAAAUCAAUAAACUUUUAAAUGUACAGAGCAGAAAUUUACAUCACGUUUGCAUCAAUGAACAAGGAAAUAGAAGUCCUAAGUUUACCAUGCUCUCAGGUCAUGUAAUGUUCACUGCCCUUGUUCCAUAUGGCUCUUUAUCCCUGCCCUUGUUUGCUUUAAGGUGGAUCAAACUCAUUUCCUUGGCUCUUGACACUGGCCAAUCCGAAUCGAUUGGGGAUGAUAUGAGGAGUAAAAGUGGGAUCAUACAAAACUCUCGGUUCUCUAAGAUUGUUUUCUUAAUUUCGCGAGUGCAUCAUCAGUGUUACUCUUCAGUUUCCCCUCUGCGUGCUCAGAAUGCAUCAACCACCUCCUUUGUCAGUCGUAGUCACUGAAGCCAAUCUUCACAGGCGAAUAAUCAGUAUUGCCCUUUUCUUUUAUAACGUUGCAACCAUUUCGGUGAAGAACAACCAUUUGCAAGACCUAAAUACCAACAGCUUUGAUAUAGAGUGUAUGUCUGUUUUCACAGUGGAAUGUGAAAGAUGGUGCUUUAACAUUGCAAUGAACGGAAAGUCAACCUACAACCCUUCAGCGUGCUUGCACCUAUGCCUUACGAGAGAUUUGAUUAAGGGUCAUUUUUGAUUUCAUGUUUUGUUCGUGCGUCACUUACCUUGGGACAUUCUUAUGGUAGCGAGUUUAUGAAUGUUUUCAGCAGGUGGUUACUAUGUACAGUAGUUUUAACUAAUGUGAAUGGUAGAUUGAGAGAUAGAAGUGUCUUGGAAGGAGAAGCAUAUUCUGAGUGUAAUGUUUCUCCGAAGUUACAAGCUCCUCCAUGGCACUCCAAAUUUCCCACAGUCUCGUGGAUAUAACAGUGUAAGACCUGUAUGAGUUUUAGUAAUUUACUGGUUAUUUGAUAUUCCUUUUUUCACAUUAUUGUAGUGACCGUUUCUUUGUGUAAAUACUAAUAGUCAACGUAGGUUCUAGGUGAGUAAAGCUAUCUAAUUAUUAAAACUCAUAUUAAAUAGGGUUCUGGGAUAAUAUAUAUGAGAGGGUAUCAUUAAUUGUAGGAGCUUUUAUUUAUAUAAUUAAUUAUGGCUGUACUUUGCUAUGCAUUUUCCAAUUUACAAACCAUGAUAAUGCAUAAUUAAAAGCUCUACAAGAUAGAUUAUCAGAGUGUAUCCAAGAGUAUAAUCCAGAGACCAGUAUUUAGGUUCUCUGACAAAAGAAGAAAACUGUAAAAUACUUGAUAUUGGUAUAUAUCUUUUGAGAAUCUGUCUUCUUGCAGUAUGAAAUUAUUCAUCUCAUUGAUUUUUAAUGGUUUGGACUAAAGAUGUAGUAAUGGCAAGCGGUUUCUGAUUAGUUUUUUCUCUCUCUUUUUUUUUUUUUUUUUUUUUUUGGCUGCUCCUUUUUGCAAUUUGGAAGAUUGGUAUAGAACCACAGGACACUCAAGCAUUACUACGUCUGCCUUAGUUCAACCUGGUCCUAGAUAUAUAUGAAAACAAACCAUAAACAGAGCCUGAAUAAUGCCGCUUGCUUCCAUUGACUGCAGAACCAUCACAACGUUGGGUCUUAUAAAUGAUGUAUUUGUAAGUGUACUGUUUAUGCCUAGAUUCAGGAUCACCUUUGAAGCAGAUACUGUUAUGGUUCUCCUUUUUAUUUGUCUUUUUUUUUUUUUGGCUUAUGGUCAGUUGGAUCUCCAUGAGGACCUUAUGAGUCAUUGGGAAAGGAAGAAAAUCUGUACCAAAUUGAUUUUUUUUCUCUUUUUUUUUCGGUUCUUUCACAUAGUAACGUUACGUAGUGUUAAAGGGAAGGUUUGCAAAAAAUUCAGUUGAUUUGCCAAAAAGGUUUUCCAGAGUACAGGCCUAUAUGUACUAAUGAUAAUAAAAAAAAACAAUGUUCCAGACACCUUGGAGACAUAGCCAUACUACAAAAAAAAAAAUGAAGAGCUUCUUGUUAUUUUAUACAAAUGUGUCUUCUCUGCUAGCUAGCCCAUGGACUAGUUUUUUGGUCUAGUUCUAAGGCUUGCUAGUUCUAGUCGUUUGGCUAGAAUGAAUGUUUAUUAGCGCAGAUGAAUGUGCAGCAUAUUGGUUAUAGUGUGUGCAAAUAAUUUCUCUUGUUUAAUAAAACCGUGUCGUGGAUC